CUGAUCUUCUUACAGCCCCUCCUGAUUUGACGAAUGCGGCUGCCAUGUACCGCGGCCCGGUUUAUGCCCUCCACGACGUGUCGGACAAAAUCCCGAUGACCAACUCCCCUCUUCUGGAUCCUCUUCCUAACCUGAAGAUCAAAGUCUACAACUCAUCUGGUCUGGUCACACCCCAGGAUGACCUCGGGGGGGACUUCACAUCCAAACUCUCUCCUAAGAUCACUCAGUCCCUGUUGGAAAACAGUGACACCAUGAACCUUCGCAACCAGAGCUUGGCCCGCUCUCGAGACCCCUCCUGUACCGCUCACGGGUCCUUCAACAGUCAGGGAGGACACCUCAUUGUACCAAACUCUGGUGUGAGUCUGCUGGUCCCAGCGGGCGCCGUUCCUCAAGGUCGGGUUUACGAAAUGUAUGUGACUGUGCACCGAAAGGACAGCUUGAG